UUGCCAUGCACCGGGGUUUGCGUGCCCGGCAUCCAGCAAUGCACCUGUUUGUCUCACACACCUGGUUGUGCGAUGCAGGCGUCUAAGAGCCGCUGAGCAGCGAAAGCGGAAACACGCACAGGGCGCACCCCAAGCGGACGCUCGGACCCACCCACCGGCGGGAGGCGCCAGGACCUAGAGAUCGCGGUGCCCUGGGCCUCCGCGCGCUGACCUCAGCCUCCGGCGCCGGGUUCGCUCGGGGGUCGCCCCACCCACAGCCCUCCGCAGCCUCCAAGGCAAGGGCAAGGCCCAGGGAGCAGAGGGGCAGACAUGGCGGAGCCCGAGGCCGAGGCGGAGGACCUGGAUGCCCUCAUCGACGACCUGGACUACCUCCCCGGCCACUUCCACCUAGAGAUGCAGCUGAACUUCGAGCUGCGCUCUCCGGCCUCGCUCCGCGCCCGAGACCUGAAGCUGCAGCUGGACGGCCUGCGGCAGGAGCUCAAGCUGGCGGCCGGCCGGCAGCGCCUCGCCGUGCGCCACCUCCUGGGCACCUUCGCCUUCUACCUGGAGAACCUAGACGAGGCCCGGGAGCGCUUCCUCGAGGUGGCAAGUGAGGACCCCGGCAACCUCAACGCCUGGGCCAAUCUGGCGCAUGUAUACGGGCGUCUGGGGCAGGAGGGCGAGGAGGAGGCGUGCGCGGGGAGGCUGGCCGGCCUCAUGGGCCUGGCGGCUGACCCUGAGGUCUCAGGGGACCCCCAGCUCCUCGCCGCGCGCUGCCUGGCGGAACAGGGCUAUGCACACGGCUUCGACGUGGGCUGUGUCAGCCCGGAGGAACGCGCGCGGGUUCUGGCGGCAGGCAUCGCGCUCUACGACAAGGCGCUGAGCUACGGGCAGCAGAUCCCGAUGGAGGAGAAAAGGGGCUGGUACUUCACCAUGGCAACGCUCUUCAUCAGGCUAGAUGGCAUCUUCCUGGAACUGGACAGUGAGGAGCAGAAGAGGCUGCCCGCCUUCAACCGCACACUGGCCCUGCUCCGGCAAGUCCUCAAGUCCUCGGACCCCCACCGCCGAGCUCUGGCCUGGUGCUACCUCGGGAUACUGCUAGAGAGGAAGGACACCUUCUCCACCACCCCCAUGGGCGUCCAUGACUGCGGGUACUCGGGGACUGACCCCCUGGACUGCUUUGGCAAGGCCAUCGAGAUUGCCAAGAACCAACCCCCCAUCCUGAAUCGCCUGGCCAAAAUCUUCCACUUCCUAGGAAAGCAGGAUAUGGCCAUUGGCACAUGCAACAUGGCCCUGGACGUCCUACGAGAUCCAGAGCUCAACUGGCAGGCGUAUUGCACAAGGGCCAAGAUCCACAUCAGAGCCUACCUGCACGACCUGGAGCGGGUCAAGAUAGGGCUCGGAGGCAUGCCUGACAGGAACCACCUGGCCUGCGCCAAGGCCGACCUCGAGGAAGUGGUCAAGGUGUGCCCAGGCCUCAAGACCUACCUGGACAUGGGGCAGGUCUACUACUAUAUGGGCGUGGACGCGGUGCAGGAGCUGCUGGCGGUGGACGAGUCCGCGCUGAACGAGGCGCUGGUCUUCCUGGCCAAGGCCAGUGAGUCGGAGCUGGGUGCCAUGCUGCCCGAGCUGCAGCUGCUGCGAGGCAAGUGCCUGCGCAUCAAGGGCGAGGAGGCCAACGCAGCCGCCUGCUUCAAGCGCGCCGUGGAGCUGGACGACGCGGGCUCCAGCCACACCGAGGGCUUCGGCUGCCUGCUUGAGGCGCUGCUGGCGCAGUGGAGCCAGGGGCAGCUGAGCGAUGGCGAGCUGGGCCGCGAGGUGGAUGCGUGGCUGCGCUGCGCCCAGGGCAAGUACCCGGCGGCGCGCCUGCACCAGGAGCUGCAGCGCGUAUGGCGCGGCCACACGGACGAGGUGCUGGGGCUGGCUCGGGCCUUGGUGGCCCAGGGACGCCUGGCGCUAGUACGGCUGCUCUUCGAAACCAUGGAACGCGACAGCGAGGGCACCAGCGCCCGGCGGAGUGAGGCACAUUCUCCUUCUGAGGGAGAUCAAGGCCCCGCCCACAGCUGAUUGGACCAGGUUUGGGCACUGGAAAUGGCACACCCUGCUAUAGGCUGGCAGGUGAGUGGAACCAAUCAGAUUCUCUUUCAGGAAUUUGAAUGGGGACAUUGAGACAGUAGGGCAGUUUGAUGUACCCGCGGCGACAGAAGGACCAUAAUUCAGGAGAGCAAGACUGGGGCCAGAUGCCAGAGACCAGCGGGAAACUGCCAACUGAAGGAUAAAAUUGUGCAGAGAAAAUAAGAUGGCUGUGAGUCUCCUAACGGAUACAGAAGAUAACUGUGACCAUUUUGGCAGUUUUCUAGUUCUCAGUGCAAUCUCUAAGGUCUGACUGCCUGUCUUUGGAUUCCUGUGAGCCACUUCCUAUCCUUAUAAGUAAACCCCCCUUUAUUUAAAUUGACUGGAGUGGUUCUCAGGUGCUGCAGCCAGAAAAGCCUUGGCUAGAUCAGAAGGCAAAGCUGCGCGGUGAGUGGGUGAGGAACGGGGCAGUAGUCUACACCUGUGUGCUGAGAGCCCUGUCCUACCUGGCGAGCAGUCUUCCAGCAGGCCUCAUCCUUGUUCAGCGUGGUUUGCAAGGCCCCUAGACAACCUGGAAUAAAGUGCAUCAACAGUACCUUUGACUGACUUCCCUGUUCUGGAAACCCAGGGGCCCCACCCAUCAGGAAAUGCCACCCGUGCCCAAUCUUGAACCUUCUACAAGAGAAUGAAGAAACUGUUGGAAUUUUGCACUUUUGGAAUCAUAGUCAGAAUCUUAGGUAUGGAAUUUUGUUGUCAAAGACUUACACUUUGCCACCAAAUCUUAGAAUGGCCAACCUCGUUUCUUGUGGCCCUACCUACAAGAGCUAACUUAACCUAACAUUCCAGAUUAAGCUCUUGCCAGACUCCAGAAAAGCUAGUUGUACAUAACUGCAAUGGCAAGACCCCCAUAAUGGUUUGUGAAUUAUUUUGCAUUUUCCCCUUUCUCUGAAAAGUUAUACUCACGGCUUUGCUCAUCCCCGAUCCUCAGAUGUUAGCCAGGGAUAGGCCAGCACCCCUGCAUUGCUUCUCAUGUCUCCACUGACAGAUGGAGAACAGAUUGAGAAGUGUCGUCCUUAGAGAUCACACACUCCAACCCUCUCGCUGUGCAGAUGGGAAGACAGAGCCCUUGAAGGAAAGUGGCUUGCCCAGGGUCACACUUCCUAGCCUCCCCUCCCUUGUUCCUCAAACUUUUGACAUUUUUUCAGGUUUGGAAAAAUACCAAUAAACUGAUUAACACUGAA